AUGUCAGCUCUGGCGUUGGCAGCAGCACUUUCGACGACAUCACUGUCUAUUGCCCUCCAGGUAAGCAACCUGUGCCACUUGUGUCCAAGGUCCAGCCCUAAUGGAAUCCAGACCAUUGCUCAGGACUUUCACUUGUCCACCCCUAACACUUUCUGGUUGGGGACAUCAACUGCUCUAACUUCAACUAUUAUCCAACCAUGUUGCGCAACUCUGGCAGAUGUUUUCGGUCGCAAGGCGGCAUUGACAGGCAGCGCUCUCCUCCUCACUGUCGGGUCACUCAUGGGGGCGGUCGCUCCAAACUACGCAACCAUCCUCGCGGCCCGUACAUUGCAGGGAUUUGGGUCCGGAGGAAUAUCUGCCCUUACCGACAUAAUUGUGACAGAUAUCGUUCCGCUCCGUGUACGUGGCAAAUGGUUCGCUUUCAUCAGCGUGCCGUGGGCCAUCGGCACCACAGUAGGACCAGUUCUCUCCGGUAUCAUAACUACCGAAGGAUCCUGGAGGUGGAUUUUUGCAAUCAAUGUGAUCGCUAGCACUAGUGCCACUCUCGCCUGUUGGUUUGCGCUUCCACCUUUACCCAGUACCCAGCAAUGUCUGUCAGAACUCUUGCAGGUGGACAUUUUUGGCUUCCUUCUUUUAACCUUGUCUUUGAUUGCGGUUAUGGUGCCGAUCAUGCAAGCAUCUGUCGUAUAUUCCUGGCGGGAUGCACACACUCUCGUGCCACUAGUGUUAGGAGUGUUAGGCCUAUGUUUAUUCCUCGUCUAUGAACAGCGGUGGGCUCACAAUCCUUUGAUACCGCUUAAGCAGUUCCAAAACCGCUCGUGUAUGCUCACUUUCUUUUGCACUAUGCUCCACGGCAUGGUUCUCUGGUGUAUAAUGUACUACUUGCCGGUCUACUACGAGACUAUCAAAGGCUUCAGCAGUCUCGACAGCGGACUAGCUGUGUUACCGGAAACGCUGACCUUGGUACCUGCGUCCAUUUUGAUCGGCUAUCUGGUGAGCUGGACUGGCAAAUACCGAUGGGCAAUAUGGAUGGGUUGGGCAAUCUCGACCAUGGGCUCGGCAAUUUUGUACCUACUUACACCAUCGACCCCAAAAGGUCUAUGGAUCGUUCUCAAUCUUCCAGUUGGAGUGGGCAUGGGCCUCUUGUUUGGAGCAAUGGGAUUCGCGGUCCAGGCAGCUGUAGAUGCUGAGAGAGUAUCGCUGGCCGUGACCCUCUACUCCUUCUGGCGCUCAUUUGGCGCAGUAAGUUUCUGCUCUCAAGGUGUUUACCUACUGCACGCAUGUUUUAUCUAA